GAAAGUCAACUAUAUUCCUUAUAUAUUGUACAUCUGUAUCAAAUCAUGAAUCGAUGAAAAUCACAUUCUUUACAGUAGCAGAUAGAUACAGAGGGUUCUUGAUCUGAAUUCACUCUUUUUGUCUUGUUUUUGGAAUUUAUAAAUUUAUCCCUAUUGGAAAUUCUCCUCAGUUGGCUUCAACUUUUGCACUUUUUAUUGCAUUUUUAACCUAAACAAGGCAUGUUUAACACGUCUCCUAUAGCAGGUGAGGGCCAAUAGGAUGCAUGACCUUCCCAUGCACCUUCUUGAGAGCAUACUAUCAGACUUACCUGUAAAGGAAUCGGUGUCCAUUAGCUGCAUGUGCAAAUCAUGGCAUGAUGAUUUGUGGAGCAUUGUUUCUGCGGAUGACACGUCUACAUCUACUGAAUCAGACUUCAAGAAGUCACUGGAGAAACUUCUUAGGAGUCCGUCGUAUUUCCUUAACGUCAAGUUAAGAUGCACAAAGUUCAAGAGGCACUCCUUCCUGCAUGAGUUUCUUCGGGAACUGCUGAAAAAGAAAGUAAUCAUCCUGGAAAUCGCAGUGGAUCGUCAUGAGGGUUUGGGAUUUUUCCCCAUCCCACCAGAAGUCCUUACAAGCAUGCAUCUUAGGGUCCUGAAGAUAGCAAGCGCCAGAAUUAUUCUGCCUCCUCCAGGGACUUUUACGAGGUUGAGCGCUAUAGAAGUCGAUGUAUCUCGGUCAUCACACGCAUCUAUCCUUGACUUCUACAAGUGGUGUCCGGUUCUCCAGGAUCUGCAAAUACACGGAAAAAUAAUGAGACUCCCGGACAAAAAGCAGAAAUUCCAAAUAAGGUCUCAGAGUCUCCUUAGACUAAAAAUAAAAUUGCAUCUUCAUAAGAUGCAGCUUGAUAGAGGAAAAGGAGUGUACCUUGCUGCUGCAAACCUCUACGAAGUUGAAGUCGAUGCCCCACAACUAGAAGUUCUGGAUAUAGAUGAAUCUGUUUUUGCCAAGCUUAAGGUUGGAAACUUCAAGUGUCUCCGAGAAGUACGGCUGCAAAGUGGCUUCUACGAAGCGAAGAGGCAGCUAGGAGAAGUGGGACAACUUCUCGUUCUUUCGCGAGAGGUAUUUCAUACGAUUAACAAAGCGUCAUUAUCUACUAGCUGUCUGGUUGUGGGAGAUGGUGCUUUCGGGGCACUGAGUUUUACGUUUAUGGACUAUCUUUUUAGUGGUAAUGAAGCUGCAAUCCGGGACAAAUUUCGAGUGACAUUUCCAGAUUUCCUUUGUGUCAAGAGCUUGAGAUUGUGUAUAUCAGAUUCUGCCGGUUGGUUGUUCAUGCCAUACUUGCUUGCACACCUUCCUAAUUUACAGAAAUUGGAUCUCGAAUUGGUAGAUAGGGAAGAUGUUCGAAAGGGCAAGAGAUUUGAUUGGAAUCCCCCAAAAUAUUAUGUGGGAUGGUGCUUGGCAAGCGUUAAACAUGUUCGAUUGAUUGGAUUUGGUGAAAUGAUGGAAGAAGCCGGUCUAAUAUUAGCUUUUGUGAGGGAGGCUGCUACCGAAGAACGCUUUGAAAAAAUAACCAUCACCUAUGAAUAAUUACCACAUGCGAUUCCAAUUUAUAGAAGAUGAUGCAGACUUGAUUUUCACGGCCUAAGAAAGUUGACAGGGAGAACUGAUCAUGAGGAAACACAAAUCUAUAUUGAUUGUACCAGUAUUAUUAGGGAACCUCACUGCUUGCAUAGUUUGUUGUGCCUUAUUCUUUUGUUUUCUUCUUCGAAUGAGUUUUAAAACUUAGUUGUGGAAUUGAGGAUUCAUGUAUCGAGAUAAAAUCUGACAGCAGCUUCAAUUUGGUUUGAGCAUCUGAUAUGGAGCAACUGUUAUGGGGGCUUACUUGCUCAUUUAGUCUCAUUUUCACUAAAUUGUUUUCCAGUUCCUGUUCAUGCUGUAAUGAUCAACAUUCUGGUGAGGUCAUAUUAUUCGAUCUCUGGUUAAUAAAUUCUCUGGUUUUUUUGUUUA